UUUUUGUUUUGGCUCUGGAUUCGCUCCCCGGGGUCUCGAUCCCCCUCCCCACCGCUUCUCUUUUCAGUUGUCCACCACCAUGGCCCUUGCACCCGCGUCUCCCCUUCCUGCAGGGAAGGGGUGUAGCCUGCCUGCAGGCCCGCGGGGAAGGUGAUGGAGAAAAAUCCCUGUGGUUCAAAGGCGGACAGCAAGGACCACAUGGACCUGGGCAGAACCUGGCCUGGUGGUGGGCUGAUCAUUAUAGACAGCAUGCCGGACAUUCGCAAGCGAAAACCCAUCCCCCUAGUUAGCGAUUUGGCCAUGUCCCUGGUCCAGUCCAGGAAAGCGGGAAUCACAUCCGCGCUGGCCUCGAGCACCUUGAACAAUGAGGAGCUGAAAAACCAUGUUUACAAGAAGACCCUGCAAGCCUUAGUGUACCCCAUCUCCUGCACAACGCCCCACAACUUCGAGGUGUGGACGGCCACCACCCCCACGUACUGCUACGAGUGCGAGGGGCUGCUGUGGGGCAUUGCCCGCCAGGGCAUGCGCUGUGCCGAGUGCGGCGUCAAGUGCCACGAGAAGUGCCAGGACCUGCUCAACGCUGACUGCCUGCAGAGAGCGGCGGAGAAGAGCUCCAAGCAUGGAGCAGAGGACCGGACCCAGAACAUCAUCAUGGUGCUCAAGGACCGCAUGAAGAUCCGGGAGCGCAACAAACCAGAGAUAUUUGAGCUGAUCCAGGAGGUGUUUGGGGUCAACAAGACCACACACACGCAGCAGAUGAAGGCAGUCAAACAGAGUGUCCUGGAUGGCACCUCCAAAUGGUCAGCCAAGAUCAGCAUCACUGUGGUCUGUGCCCAGGGCCUGCAAGCAAAGGAUAAGACAGGUUCCAGUGACCCUUAUGUCACUGUCCAGGUUGGAAAGACGAAAAAAAGGACUAAGACUAUCUACGGCAAUCUCAACCCAAUCUGGGAAGAGAAUUUCCAUUUCGAGUGCCAUAACUCCUCUGACCGCAUCAAGGUCCGUGUGUGGGACGAGGAUGAUGACAUCAAGUCCCGCGUCAAGCAGCGCUUCAAGAGAGAAUCCGACGACUUCCUGGGCCAGACCAUCAUCGAGGUCCGGACCCUGAGCGGGGAGAUGGAUGUCUGGUACAACCUCGACAAGCGCACAGACAAGUCUGCAGUGUCAGGAGCCAUCCGGCUGCACAUCAGCGUGGAGAUCAAGGGUGAGGAGAAGGUGGCUCCCUACCACGUUCAGUACACCUGCCUGCAUGAGAACCUGUUCCACUUUGUGACGGAUUUGCAAAACAACGGGGUGGUGAAGAUCCCCGAUGCCAAGGGGGAUGAUGCGUGGAAGGUGUACUUUGAUGAGACAGCACAGGAGAUUGUGGAUGAGUUUGCCAUGCGCUAUGGAGUGGAGUCCAUCUACCAGGCCAUGACGCAUUUUGCCUGCCUCUCCUCCAAGUACAUGUGCCCCGGGGUGCCGGCAGUGAUGAGCACCCUGCUGGCCAACAUCAACGCCUACUACGCCCACACCACCGCCUCCAGCAAUGCCAACGCCUCCGACCGCUUCGCCGCCUCCAAUUUCGGGGUAAGUCCCAUGAAAGAUCGCUUUGUCAAGCUCCUGGACCAGCUGCACAACUCCCUGCGCAUCGACCUCUCCAUGUACCGGAACAACUUCCCUGCUAGCAGCCCCGAACGGCUGCAGGACCUGAAGUCCACAGUGGAUUUGCUGACCAGCAUCACCUUCUUUCGGAUGAAGGUCCAGGAGCUGCAGAGCCCCCCACGAGCCAGCCAGGUGGUGAAGGACUGUGUGAAGGCCUGUCUCAACUCCACCUACGAGUACAUCUUCAACAACUGCCAUGAGCUCUACAGCCGCGAGUACCAGACAGACCCGACAAAGAAAGGUGAGGUGCCCCCGGAGGAGCAGGGCCCCAGCAUCAAAAACCUGGAUUUCUGGUCGAAGCUCAUCACCCUGAUUGUCUCCAUUAUUGAGGAAGACAAGAACUCCUACACGCCCUGCCUGAACCAGUUCCCCCAGGAACUGAACGUGGGGAAGAUCAGUGCUGAGGUGAUGUGGAAUCUCUUUGCUCAGGACAUGAAGUACGCGAUGGAGGAGCACGAGAAGCACCGCCUGUGCAAGAGCGCAGACUACAUGAACCUGCACUUCAAGGUGAAGUGGCUGUACAACGAGUACGUCACCGAGCUGCCCUCCUUCAAGAGCCGCGUGCCUGAGUACCCCGCCUGGUUCGAGCCCUUUGUCAUCCAGUGGCUGGAUGAGAAUGAAGAGGUGUCACGGGAUUUCCUGCACGGAGCACUGGAGCGGGACAAGAAGGAUGGGUUCCAGCAGACCUCAGAGCACGCGCUCUUCUCCUGCUCCGUGGUGGAUGUCUUCUCCCAGCUCAACCAGAGCUUUGAGAUCAUCAAGAAGCUGGAGUGCCCCGACCCCCAGAUCGUGGGGCACUACAUGCGACGGUUUGCCAAGACCAUCAGCAAUGUGCUGCUCCAGUACGCUGAGAUCAUCUCCAAGGAUUUUGCCUCCUACUGCUCCAAGGAGAAGGAGAAAGUGCCCUGCAUCCUGAUGAACAACAUCCAGCAGCUCCGUGUCCAGCUUGAGAAGAUGUUUGAAGCCAUGGGUGGGAAGGAUCUGGAUACAGAAGCCAGUGAUAUCCUCAAGGAACUGCAGGUGAAACUUAACAACGUCCUGGAUGAUCUGAGCCGAGUCUUUGCCACCAGUUUCCAGCCACACAUCGAGGAGUGUGUGAAGCAGAUGGGUGACAUCCUGAGCCAGGUGAAGGGCACCGGCAACGUCCCCGCCAGCACCUGCAGCAGCGUCGCGCAGGACGCUGACAACGUCCUGCAGCCCAUCAUGGACCUACUGGACAGCAACCUGACGCUCUUUGCCAAGAUCUGCGAGAAGACGGUGCUGAAGCGGGUGCUGAAGGAGCUCUGGAAGCUGGUGAUGAACACCAUGGAGAAGACCAUUGUCCUACCCCCACUCACAGACCAGACGGGCACGCUCUUGAGAAAACAUGGCAAGGGGACAGAGAAGAGCAGGGUGAAGCUGCCCAGUCACACUGAAGGCACACAGAUGAUUUUCAACGCGGCCAAGGAGCUGGGGCAGCUUUCCAAGCUGAAGGACCACAUGGUGCGUGAGGAAGCCAAGAGCCUGACCCCGAAGCAGUGUGCCGUGGUGGAGCUGGCACUGGACACCAUCAAGCAAUACUUCCAUGCUGGCGGCGUGGGGCUGAAGAAAACGUUCCUGGAGAAGAGCCCUGACCUGCAGUCGCUGCGCUACGCCCUGUCCCUCUACACCCAGGCCACAGAUCUCCUCAUCAAAACCUUCGUGCAGACCCAGUCGUCGCAGGGGUCUGGUGUGGAUGACCCCGUUGGGGAGGUGUCCAUCCAUGUGGAGCUGCUGACCCAUCCCAGCAGUGGUGAGCACAAAGUCACCGUCAAAGUGGUGGCUGCCAAUGACCUCAAGUGGCAAACCUCGGGUAUCUUCCGGCCCUUCAUCGAGGUCAACAUCAUCGGGCCCCACCUCAGUGACAAGAAGAGGAAAUUCGCCACCAAAUCCAAGAACAACAGCUGGGCCCCCAAGUACAACGAGAGCUUCCAGUUCACGCUGGGGACGGAGACAGGCCCGGAGUGCUACGAGCUGCAGGUGUGUGUGAAGGAUUACUGCUUCGCCCGGGAGGACCGCACCGUGGGCAUCGCCGUGCUGCAGCUGCGGGACAUCCUGCAGCGCCCCGGCUGCGCCUGCUGGCUGCCCCUGGGCCGCCGCAUCCACAUGGACGACACCGGGCUCACCGUGCUCCGCAUCCUCUCGCAGCGCAACAACGACGAGGUGGCCAAGGAGUUCGUCAAGCUCAAGUCGGACACGCGCUCGGCCGAGGAGGGCAGCAGUUAAAGUCCUUUGGCCCCCCAGCCCUCGCCCCCCGCUCCCGGCCCCUGACAGAAUCCUCCAGCCGUGUAUAAGCCAUAGGAGUGGCCACAGAGGAGUCGCUGCCCCGGCACUGGGGAGGGGGUGCUGUGGCUGCAGUGACAGACCCUCGCCUCCCUCCCCGGCCACGAUGGCUGGCUGACAGCGGUGCCGAGCACAGCCAGGCCCCCCUCACACCCCGCAGGAAGGUGCUGGUGUUGGGGGGGUUGCAGGGAGGGGCUGGAGCUGAGCCUGGCUGAGGGGAGCAAUCGGCCCUUCCCCAGCCUGUCUGAGAUGGAGGAACCCCAGUGGUUCAUCUCUGAGCCUCCACUGUCCCACCCAGCCCCACACCUCACCGAGUGACACAAGGAAAGGGCUGCGGGGUGUGUGUGUGUCUGGUGCCAUGUGCUGUGUUGGUGAGUGGCUGGCACAGCGUGAUGGCCCCUUGUCCCCAUCCCUGAGCGUGGUGGUGUGUCCUGAGGGCAGGGCAGCUGCCAGCCCUGAGCACAUAUGUGUACAUAUGUAAAUACCUGUACAUACAGGGCAGCUGGACAGGCUGUGUCCUGUACCCGGAAGGGCUAUUGGGGCUGUUGGGUGGGUGGGUGCAGCCCCCCUGCACAGGGUCCCCUCCCUGGUUGGCAGCAGCAUCACCAGGGUCGGGAGCAGCAGGGAGCAGCCCCCGGCCCAUAUCCUGUCUUCCCUGCCUUGCUGCCACCGUGGGCUACCCCACUGCCCCCCACAAGGUGCCAGGGCUGAGGGCGCCUGAAUAGAGGGACUUGUUCCUCUUUGCUCUGGCCGGUGGGGACCAGCAUCCCUGAGCAAUGCAGCCCAUGGGAUCUCCUUGGCGCAAGAAAACCCUUCCCACCCCAGCCCAGAGAAGCCCUCUCUCCAGUCCCCCAGUAAGCACCAGUUCUGUGCCCCCCAGUUCCCCAGUGAGCACCAUUUCUGUGUGCUAAGUGGUGUGCAUGUCUCGUGCGAGUGCCUGGGAGGCCUGGGUGUGUGGUGUUGGGGUGGCCACCCCAGCUGGCCAGUUCGCCCCAAGUCUGGGGCAGACAGAGGCCUCAUGACCCCACAAAUCAAUACAGCUCUCUCAGUCCCCUCCCAUCCCAAAACAGGGUACCCCAAAUGGCCCCCACGCUCCUUUGUCUAGAGGGUUUGCCUGGGACCAGAGGGUUUCACUUUGCUCUCUCGUUUCUGUUCAAUGUUUACACCCUUUUCUACCGGCUGCUCCCGCACGGCCCGGCUGCGGCUCGGCCCUGCAGCCCGACCGUGGUGCCCUGGCCCUGUGCCCCUCCCCAGAGCGUCCUGUUUGGCAUGUGAUUGAACUGACCAAUUCUGCUCCUGUAGCACAGUGUCACCGAUGCCUGUGUGUCUGUCCCGCCCGCCGUGGCGGCUCCCAUGGAUGCAUGACAGUGAGAUGUUUUGCACUAUUUUGAAUUUUUUGGGCUCUGUAAAAAUAUUUUAUUAUAACUGACAUUAAAAAGCACACCCUUCA